CGUCGUGUCUCCCUCCCGCCAUUUCACUCUUCAGUGCCAAAAGCUUCCGCCAAAAAAAGAAUGGCGACAACAAAGGAAAUCAAAUGUCUUCUCAUCAUUUCGACGUUAGACUUCUGAAAGACAUGGCUUCCUCUACAGCUAAAACCCUUAUGGAUUUCUUCCAACCCGCCAAACGCCUCAAAGUCUCUCCUUCUUCCUCCCCCACCGCCCCCGUCUCCGUCUCCGUCGUCGCCGCCGCAGGAGAACGAUCCUCUGGUUCACCGCCGCGCAAAACCCUAGCCACCGCUGUAUCCGGAGAUUCCUCCGGUCUCACUCCCGACCAGGCUUCUCGCGUCGAGUUCAACAAGCUCCUCGCCAUGUCCAGACGCAAUCUCGCUGUCUGCUCCGAGAAAGUCUCCAAAGCUAAAGCUGAAGGAAGAUGCUAUGUGCCAUUGGAGGAGCUCUUAGUGGAAAAGUCAUGGCUUGAAGCUCUUCCUGGAGAAUUGCAGAGACCUUACGCCAAAGUUCUCUGUGAUUUCCUUGAACGUGAGAUUUGCGCCAAUGGCGGUCCUCCUAUUUAUCCGCCGCAUCACUUGAUCUUCAAUGCCCUUAACACAACUCCUUUUCACAGAGUCAAAGCCGUCAUCAUUGGACAGGAUCCUUACCAUGGACCUGGUCAGGCGAUGGGUCUGUCUUUUUCGGUGCCUGAGGGACAAAAGCUUCCUUCGAGCCUGAUGAACAUAUUUAAGGAACUUAAGGAAGAUCUUGGAUGUUCUGUCUCACCCCAUGGUAAUCUGCAGAAAUGGGCUGUACAGGGUGUUCUGCUGCUGAAUGCUGUUCUUACAGUAAAGAGCAAACAACCUAAUUCACAUGCAAAGAAAGGAUGGGAGCAAUUCACGGAUGCUGUGAUUCAGAAUAUCUCGCAACAGAAGGAAGGAGUUGUGUUUCUCCUUUGGGGAAGAUAUGCUCAAGAGAAAUCCAAGUUGAUUGAUGGGAAGAAACAUCACAUUCUCAAUGCAGCUCAUCCAUCUGGUUUGUCUGCAAACAGGGGCUUCUUCGGCUGCAGGCAUUUUUCUCAAACCAACAAGCUCCUGGAGCAAAUGGGGAUUCCUCCCAUAGAUUGGCAGCUUUAGUCUCACUCGCACAGUUUUUCGCCAGAGACUCGGCAUUUUGGAAGCCCUUUCGACGCAUUUUUUUCGCCCUACAUUUGCAAGCGAACCUUGAAAAAAACGAUGCAUUACUUACUACUGGCAUUGUUACCUUUUGUAAAUUCUACUAUUAGGGGAACUCGCUUCUACUAAAUGAACGUAGGAUGUCAACUGUAGCCUGAGACUGGGAGUAUGUUGCUUUUGGAGAAAGGGUUUACAUAUGUAUAACUCCAUUGUUUCAAGCUUCUUUGUCUAGUUCUUGUUUCUUAACUGGUUUCA